ACGCAUUUGCAUCGCAUUCAAGACAUGAAAUUCAGUAGCUUAAGUUGGUACAAAUCGUCUCAGAUUCAAGCACUUGUCCAGCAGAGUAUCAAUUCAUCAUCAUCCAAAGAACUGACAAGUGACAUGAAACGGUACUCACACGACCAGCGAAAGCCACGAAUCUCUACAGGUUCCUCGAAACUCCCGGCCGACACGGCUUCUAUUUCCUUCAAUCUGAAGAUUACAGAACCGUUAAAUCCCCCCUAAGAUCUCUCACUGCUCGUCUACACUAAAACAUCAAACCUAAAAAGAAACAAACUUGCUUACCAAAUGUCAUCUCCAAAGCGCAGCUCUCUUUACCCACAAGUUAUUCUCUCAAACCCAGAAGCCAUUUCUGCCACUUCUUCUACUCCAUCCUCUUUGUAUCCUACUAUUGGCAUGAAAGAAUUGGCAGAGAAUCUCUUCCCUGAAGACGACAACAACAACGACUUAGGUUCGCCGCUGGGCUCAAACUCUGAACCCCAUGAAGAAGUCCUGAUCAAGAUUUCAGGAUCAAUAGUUCAUUUGAUUGAGAGAGAUCAUAGCGUGGAACUGGCUUGUGGGGAUUUCUUUAUAGUGAGUCUGAAACAAGGUGACACUAUUGUUGCUGUUUUUGCUCGUGUAGGUGAUGAUAUUCAGUGGCCUCUGGCUAAUGAUGAGGCAGCAGUAAAGCUUGAUGGAUCACAUUAUUUUAUCACUCUUCGGGUGCCUGGAAAUGAAGCAGAUAGGGGUGAGUUAAAUAAGGGAGAAGUUGAGUUGUUGAAUUAUGGGGUUACUUUUGCUUCGAAAGGACAAGAGGGUUUGUUGAAGGAGUUAGAUAAGAUAUUGGAAUGUUAUAGCUCGUUUUCGGUGCAAGAAGUGAAGGAGAGUGGAGGGAAGUGGGAGGUAGUUGAUGGGAGCGUAGCGGAGAAGAUAUCCCCGGAUGAGUUAGAGAAGAAGAAAGAAUUGACGGAGAAGAGUUCUGCCGCGUAUUGGACAGUGUUGGCUCCUAAUGUGGAGGAUUAUAGCUCAAGUGUUGCUAGGUUGAUUGCGGCGGGGUCAGGGCAGUUGAUCAAGGGAAUUUUAUGGUGUGGAGAUGUGACUGUGGAUAGGUUGAAGUGGGGUAAUGAGUUCUUCAAGAUAAGGAUUGACAAGAGUUCGGAUUCAGAUAUCAGUCCAGGGACUCUGAGGAGGAUCAAAAGGGUUAAGAAGUUGACGAAAAUGUCGGAGGGAGUGGCUCUUGGAAUUCUUACUGGGGUUGUGAAAGUCUCUGGAUUCUUUACGAGUCCAAUUGUGAACUCUAGAGUGGGCAAGAAAUUUUUUAGCCUAAUGCCAGGAGAAAUUGUUCUUGCUUCCUUGGAUGGAUUUAACAAGGUGUGUGAUGCUGUUGAAGUUGCUGGAAAGAAUGUCAUGUCAACCUCGUCAAUUGUGACAACUGGACUUGUCUCACACCGAUAUGGAGAAGAAGCGGGGAAGGCAACAAAUGAAGGGUUUGAUGCUGCUGGUCAUGCUAUUGGUACUGCCUGGGCUGUCUUCAAGAUAAGAAAGGCUCUUAACCCAAAGAGUGUCUUCAAACCAACAACUCUUGUAAAAGCUGCUGCACGGGCAAAUUCCACUGGAAUGAAGGCUAAAAAUAUACCAAUUGAAGACUGAAGACAACUAAUCUUCUACUUGUUCUUUUUUUAACGAGGAGGAAAUCCCACAAGGCUGCUUUUUAGUUUGUUGAGUUUGUAAUAGCUUGUCAGGGAAUGUAAAUCUCUUUAUGUAUGUGUUGAUUUCGUUUUACUUCUCUAAUGGAUGAUUUUAAGGGAUCAAGUUUUGUGUA